ACCAUGGAGGUAUUGAUAGAUUGCUAUUUCGACAGAUUGUUCUCAGAAAUGGAACGUAGUUGCUUAGCCUCGCGAUACAAACGUCGCGAGUUGGUCAAUUAUUUCACGGAUGUGAUAAACAGUUGUGCGGAAGCGGAAAACCUCGACAAGCAGGACGUUUGCGAGAGGAUCGUCCUCUCGGCGUUGCGCUAUCACAACAUUACGAUGAUGGAGAACGGGUCGGUCUGUCUGCUCGGCAAGUUCCACAACGUGUUGUACGUUGCGGCGAAGCUCUGCUACGACUGGGACAUCAGCAACAACGUGAUCGUCAGUCGGCUGCUAAACGACAUAUUCUACUGCGAGAAGACGUUCGAGCGAUUGCUCGUCGGGGCAAUCUUCGGCACGCGCGUAACGCAUUUCCUGUCCGGCUGGAAGUGCGACUUCGACGACCGCGAGGAGAACAUCCGGGCGCUGGUGUACUUCUUGAAUCACGCGACUAGCGGCCAACUGGAGUACCGUUGCGAUUCUUCACCGGUAAAGAGACGAUUCAUCGACGUGCCCAUGGAGUCGUACGGACAGGUUCUGCCUCUGAGGGUCGCGAUCCAACACGGUGCGCCGGAUAUCCUGUUGAUCAUGCUGCGCUACGGUGCCUCGAUCGAGUCCGACAGACUGGCCCCGUCGCCGAUGGAGAUUAUCCUGACGAAACUCAGCGAGUUCGAGGCGCAGCCCGGCGAGGAGGAAGUCGUUUACCCGGAACACUUGCUGACGUGCUUGAAGCUGUUACUACGAACCGUGACCGCCGCCUGCAUCAGAACUCCCGACCACGUCGCCGCUCACAGCGGUAUCUUCAGCGUGUCUUUAUAUGAGCAAUAUCCUAAGCUGGCGAGCCGGAAUCUGAUACCUCCGGAACGUAGCGGAAUUCGUCCAGCGGAACUCAGGCACCUGUGCCGUGUCCAAAUUCGUGAGAUCCUCCGCAGCAAUUGGGCGCUGCCUCACGGCAUCAAGAAGCUGCAGAUUCCAGAAUCCUUGAAAAACUAUCUGGAUCUGCUACGGGACUGACGGAAAAUCUUAUUCGCGGGAUAAUUGGUAACGGCUAUUUCUUUUUGUUUUGUCUCUUAUUAGUAAAACCGAGCACAGUUCGGAAAUAUUUUAUCAUUCUUUCGUACGCAGUUUCGUAGAAUUUCACUGUGAUUCGAUAAAAUCUGUGUUUUUGCCGAAUUGACAGAAUCCAAAAAAUGUGCGUUGAAAUCUUUUAAAGUUCCCAUGUAUGUAAGUUUAAAUCUUAGAUUGAAGUUCGGCGGAAUAUGGAAGUAGUAGAGAAAGUGAAGCGAAACUAUGAUGAAGACUUUGAUAGAUAUGAAAUCUUAUAUAUCCAAAUAUAUGCCAAACUUUAAGCGGAAUUUGUGAUUUACGAGAGCGAAAUCACGCGCGACGCUUAAGUAGGUCUAAGAUCUAAGGUUUGAGAAAAAGUCAAGUUCACAGAAGGUCGGGUGAUGGCAUAUCAUAAUGAGACGCUAUGUUAAUGAAUCUUGGGAAUUAUAAAAAUACCUUGUGUUACUCGUACGCUUGUGAUGCGAAUAACAGAAACGUUCAAGAAUAACGGAAAGUAUGUCGUGAGACAAUGUAAUAUGUACACGUUCGGGAAACCAAAGUUACGAUCCGUUAACAACUUUCUUUAAUCUCUGAGAAGAACCGAAUGAAAAAGAAAGUAAAAGCAAUUGUAUAAAUUAUAAAAUAUAGUUACAAUAGUAAGAAA